AUGGCAUCCGGACUGCCCAGCGUGGUCAAGAUCGAGUCGGAGGACGCGAGCUUCUCGCCCCACAUCCGCAUUCACAACGUAGUCGCGCUCGCCAGGAUCAAGGGCCCUCUCCGCCUCGACACGCGGCUGCUGGCUCGCAAGCUGAAGAACGUUCAGUACAGGGGAGACCUCAAGAACUGCUUCGCCGUCACUUUCUGGUUCAAGGACUGCUCUGCCUCCGCCACCGUCUUCAAAACCGGGAGCAUCCGGCUGGCAGGAGCCAAGUCCGAGUCAGCGGCCUUGACCCUGAUGAGGAGGGUGGUGAGGAGGAUCGCGAGGAUCAUCGAGGAGGUGCGAGGCUUCGACAAGUUCAGGCUCGUCAACACGGUCGGUGGCUUCGAGACGAGGGGCUUCAUCGACAGAGAGAGGUCCUACCUCAGCCUCGCCCGCAAGCACCCGGCUACCUACGAGCCCGCGCUGGCAAUGGGCAUCAUGGUCAAGCUCGAGUGGCUCAAGGUGACUGUGCGCAUUCAGCGGCAGAGUGUGCAGAUCUUCGGGGCGAAGAGACUCGGCGACCUGUCGCUCGCCAUGCAGACCGUGAUGCCGCUGCUGGUGUACGUACAGGAGGGAGGCAGCUACCAAUGGACGGGCCGGGGAUGGGGGAAGUCCACGGCAGGAGGGAUGUGGUUUUUGGGUGAAUCCUAG